AUGAUAACUAUGUCACUUGCUGCAACAUCUCAUAGUGCAGAGCAAACCUCUUCGGACGAUAGCAAUAUUUCUACAGAGAGUAGGUCUCGUAAAAGACGCAAAUUUGAACAAACUCCGCGUGUUAUGAAACAUUAUUACAAGCGUAAGGCGACGUUGUCAUUGUUAUCGUCUGACGUUGUACUGGAGACUGUAGGCAACUGCAACAUCUCAAGAGAGCGUGCCAUAAUAAGAGAUAUGUUAUGGGUUUUUUCUCUCUUGCAUUUCGACAAGGUACCAAUGUGGGUAGGGUACAAUUCGUCAGUAAUUGUUGAUUGUAGUGAAGUGCAGAACAUUGAUUACAUGCCUCCAAUAAAUUCGUCUCCUACGUCCUAUAAUGUCGUUUAUGAAACUUUGGCCAUGUCCAAAGAAGUGGCCGAUCAAUGCCAUCAAGAACAGAUCAUCGUGACUUAUGAUCUAGCAAUCGCGAAAAUGGCAAUGCAAAUUCAAAGUCUGGAAAGUCCAAAAUUUGAUGGUUUAUUUAUCAAUUUAGGAGGCUUUCAUAUGCAAUUAGCGUUUUUCAAAGCUGUUGGUAAAUUUAUUGAUGGUUGCGGAAUCGUAGAUAUUUUAACAGAAUCCGAGGUUUUAGCAGCAGGUUCUGUAAACGGAUUUAUCGAGUCUAAACACUUCAAUAGGUGUAAAAGAAUUCACCCUAUUUUUGCAGGUGCUCUUCAGAUGUCGCAUUUUGAUUUAUUUAUGUCAGAAAGUGCUUUUUCUCAAGAUAGUUUCAUUUCUGAUCUAAAAGUUGUUUUUGAUCUUCCAGUUCCAUCUCAUGAAUCGUUGAUAUUGUCUCCUGUUUUAGAAGAAGUUAUUAGGAAAUACAAAGAUUUCUGUUCACUAACUCUAACAGGAUAUCACGGAAAACGGCGCAAUUCUAUUUACAGUACGUCGAAUUGA